AUGGAUGGGGUAAAAAUCGAUAAUAGAAGCAAUAGCGACGUUGGAGGAGGAGAAGGAACAAUGGAAUCAACGGAGAUUAAGCCUCCUCCUCCUCCUCAACCGCAGCCUGUGGCGGUUCUAAGUGCAAACGCGCCGCCUCCGUUCCUGAGCAAGACGUAUGACAUGGUUGACGAUCCAGCUACCGAUUCGAUUGUCUCGUGGAGUCCUAACAACAACAGCUUUAUCGUCUGGGAUCCACCGGAGUUCGCAAGAGAUCUUCUUCCCAAGAAUUUCAAGCAUAAUAAUUUCUCCAGCUUCGUCAGACAGCUUAAUACCUAUGGUUUCCGGAAGGUUGAUCCAGAUAGAUGGGAAUUCGCGAACGAAGGUUUCUUAAAAGGUCAGAAGCACUUGCUUAAAACAAUAACUAGGAGAAAACCUGCCCAGGGACAUGGAAACCAGCCAUCUCACCAGCACUCAAACGGUCAAACCUCAUCCGUCAGUUCAUGCGUAGAAGUUGGCAAAUUCGGUCUCGAAGAAGAAGUCGAGAGGCUUAAAAGAGACAAGAACGUCCUCAUGCAAGAGCUCGUCAGGCUAAGACAGCAGCAACAAUCCACCGAUAACCAACUUCAAACGAUGGUCCAGCGUCUCCAAGGCAUGGAGAAUCGGCAGCAACAGUUAAUGUCGUUCCUCGCAAAGGCAGUGCAAAGCCCUCAUUUUCUAUCUCAGUUCUUGCAGCAGCAGAAUCAGCAGAACGAGAGCAGUAGGCGAAUCAGCGAUACCAACAAGAAGCGGAGGUUCAAGCGAGAAGGCAUUGUGAGUAAUAAUAAUAAUAAGGAUUCUUCUUCUGCUGCUUCUUCUCCUGAUGGACAGAUUGUGAAGUAUCAACCUCCGAUGCACGAGCAAGCAAAGGCAAUGUUUAGACAGCUUAUGAAGAUGGAACCUUACAAAACCGGCGACGAUGGUUUCCUUUUAGACAACGGUACUUCUACAGCUACAGAAGGAGCCGAUAUGGAGAUUUCGUCGAACCAAGUGUCCGGUAUAACUCUUCAGGAGAUGCCAACAACAGCUUCUGAAUCAACUCCUGAAAGCGUUACAGUACCUCCGGCGACUGAAGAAGCAAUGCCUUCAGCUGAUGAUCUAUCCGAAUUCGCUGAUAUGCUAAUGCUACCGGAGAACAUCGCCGAGAUGCCUCCGGAGAGCUUCAUGGAGCCAAACAUGGAAGGCUCUUCUAGUCUUUUUCUAGAUUCAGAUCUGUUCAUCGAUGGCUCUUUGCCUUUUGACCUCGACGACAUUCCAACGGAUCUGGAUUUAGACCCUUCGGUUGCUGAUUACGCUUCGCUUUUCAAAGACUGUCUAAUGUCAAGCCCGGUUCCUGAUGAUAUGGAUUUGACAACCAAGGAGGAUGAGACGGGGGAGAAACAAAAGGGAUGGGACAAAACUGAACAUAUGGAUAAUCUUACUCAACAAAUGGGUCUUCUCUCGCCUGAAACUGAAACCGUAGAUCUUUCAAGGCAAAAUCCUUGA